GGGUUCGAUCGAACCCAGCACUGGGUUUGAAGGAACCCAGAGCUUGGGAUCAUCGAACCCAGGCAAUGGGUUCCUUCGAACCUAGCUUGGUUCGUUGAACCCAACGCAUGGGUUGGUUGAACCCAGGCGAUCUGGGUCCGUUGAACCCAGGCCGAACCCAAAUUGCCUGGGUUCGUCGAACCCAGCACCAGAUUCGUCGAACCCAGGUCCAGGCGACGAACCCAGGCGAACCCAGUGCCUGGUGCUCCUCCGCCUCCUCUCCAUCGUUGCCAACGUCGCCAACUCCAACGUCUUCUCCAAAAGCCUUUCUCCUUCUGCACUCGAACUCAAGCAAGAGAAACUCACCCACCUUCACUUUUACGAUCCAAGAGAUACUCUCCGGAAAAAUCCCCACCGCCAUCCGCGUCGCUCAAGCACCAACUACUAACACCUCCUCCACUAGCUUCGGCGCCAUGAAUAUAACGGACGACCCUUUGACUGUUACUCCCGACAUCAACUCCACCCUUGUAGGAAGAGCUCAAGGACUUUAUGCAUCGUCGUCGCAGGAGGAAACUUCCUUGAUGAUGGUAAUGACCUUUUCGUUCUUGGAAGGGAAAUACAAUGGGAGUACGGUAAGUAUGUUGGGGCAGAACCCACCGUUUAACAAGGUGAGGGAGAUGCCGAUUGUCGGCGGCAGCGGGCUUUUCCGCUUUGCUCGUGGGUUUGCUCAAGCGAAGACUAAUACCUUUAAUCUCACUACCGGGGAUGCUUGCGUUGAAUAUAAUGUUUAUGUUCUUCAUUACUGAUUAAUUAAUUUACUUUGAUGGUUUCAUUGUCGCUUUUGGUCUGUUGGCUUUGUGUAUACUUACAUUGUACUGCUUUGGUUUUAAUCUUUGGUAAUGACGAUGAUACAAUAAAAUGAGAAAUGUUUU